GUGGCGGGUCCAUAUGGAGAUCUGUAUCGUGCAUGGAGAGUUAUGCAUCAAUCUCUAUUAUCACCCACCUCAUUGUACAGGUGCCAUCGAUUAGCCAGCCAAGGUUGUAAUUGCAGCAGUUAUAAGGAAACCCUGUUCAGCCAUUCUCCCGCCCCUUACAGACACACAGCUAAUCGUGUGUCUGUCUAGGCGCCUGGUCGGCUAAUAGAACUUUAGAGCCCGAGACCUCAGCACUAGUGGGCCAGCAUGUUUUACCGCUGCACCGCUCUGCUGUACUAGAUCCAAAAUUCUACCCCAUCCACCUUUAAUUUAAACACACUGUCUGGACCACCAAGCAAAUGAGAAUAAAAGGCUUCUCGCCCCCCUAUGCAAAAUCCCAUAUGCUCAGGCUCAUGAUUUGUCCACAUCUGAUGUCUUUUAAACUGAGCAAGAGGGGAAAAUGGUUACUAGAGUAUGUUUUUCUCAUGUUUUCCAGUCAGGCUGAGGUAGAAGCUACUUUCCACCUGUAGUGCUGCCACUCGCUUACUAUGGCAAGUGAAGAGAAGAAACCAGAGCCCGAAGCCACCAAAACACCAACGUGUUCUGCUGCCUCGGCUAGCCAGAGCAAGUCAGCGCCUGUGAAGCCAAACUACACGUUGAAAUUCACCUUGGCUGGCCACACGAAGGCGGUCUCAUCAGUCAAGUUCAGUCCGAGUGGGGAAUGGCUCGCCAGCUCAUCUGCUGAUAAACUAAUCAAAAUAUGGGGCGCAUAUGACGGGAAGUUUGAGAAGACGAUAUCCGGACACAAACUUGGAAUUUCAGACGUGGCCUGGUCCUCCGAUUCCAACCUCCUUGUUUCGGCAUCUGACGACAAAACCCUGAAGAUCUGGGACGUCAGUUCUGGAAAAUGUCUGAAAACCUUAAAGGGCCACAGCAACUACGUCUUCUGCUGUAACUUCAACCCUCAGUCCAACCUCAUCGUGUCUGGAUCAUUUGACGAGAGUGUUCGGAUAUGGGACGUGAAGACCGGCAAGUGUCUGAAGACGUUACCGGCUCACUCGGACCCGGUCUCUGCAGUCCAUUUUAACAGAGAUGGGUCCCUGAUUGUGUCCAGCAGUUACGAUGGACUUUGCCGUAUUUGGGACACAGCGUCAGGCCAGUGUCUGAAAACACUUAUCGAUGAUGACAACCCCCCUGUGUCCUUUGUGAAGUUUUCUCCUAAUGGGAAGUACAUUCUGGCUGCUACUCUGGAUAACACUUUGAAACUUUGGGACUACAGUAAAGGCAAGUGCUUGAAAACCUACACCAGUCAUAAAAAUGAAAAGUACUGCAUAUUCGCAAAUUUCUCAGUUACGGGUGGCAAGUGGAUCGUUUCAGGCUCGGAAGACAACAUGGUUUACAUCUGGAACUUGCAGACCAAGGAAAUUGUACAGAAACUGCAGGGUCACACCGAUGUGGUCAUCUCUACGGCCUGCCACCCCACAGAAAACAUAAUUGCGUCUGCAGCACUAGAAAACGACAAGACCAUCAAGCUGUGGAAGAGCGAUUGCUAAGCUUCCACACACGCCGGCUUAUUUUAUUAUUGCUAAUUGUUCUUUUUUAUUUUCAUUUUGUACUUAUUUCUUUGGGGAGGGAAGAAGGACUUUUAUCAUGAGAAAAAUAAAUCCAGGCCAUUUAAGCCCUCGAUCGUUUGAUCGGUGAAUAACGGUGGUAGCCGAUGUGGAGAUUUGUACCCGACACGCCAUGCCGUUCUCCAUUCUCUUGAUAUCUCUACUUUACAUAAACAUGAGCUGUAUUUGUUUGUUUCGUUAGUUAACCACCCUGCCCUUCCUAAUCCUGUUAAGGUCUGUAUAUUCUGUACACCUUUAACCCUGGUCUUGUACAUCUAGGCAGAUCUGAGCCUCCCUGCUGCCUUCUCAUUUGUUCUGUUUUGUAGGGUGUUGUAGUGUUGUGUUGAUUUUGUACAAUAUCACGAGCCAGAAGUGAACGUUCAUGGUGUAUUUACUGGCCAAUUCUUACAGAUAAAUGAUUUUCUUGUUUGUUUCGUUGACCAGUGUUUAUUGUAUAUCUGCUCCAAGCCAUAAAGUGAUUUUUUUUCAUACCAGCCAUGGAAAUAAAGAGUAGCACGUUUGGUGUUCACACAUUUUCAAAACAUCGUCCAUAACGGUUGAAUUUACUCUUAAUUCCUUUCACCAUGACGAGACAAGUUUAGCUUUCAAAAUUUACAAAUAGAAAGUGAAGUGUUGAGCUACCAGUUUAGCAUUGUAUAGUCUGACUGAACCAGACAUGAUCUUCCACAUUGACCUCUCACCAGGAGGAAAGGUCCUAAUGAAAUGUUGGAAAACCCAAUCAGUCCUAAAAUAUGUUACAGAAACAGACCAACUAAUUCAUCGUGUUCUUUUAGAAGUGUGUUUAAUGCAGUUCUGCCAUCUUGUGUUCCUUCCUCACAGCACAUUGCUUAGCCGGAAUGCUAAUCCUGGUGCAAAUCCAUGUUCCAUUUAUCAUCAUGAUCCACCAGUUCAUUUAAAGUCUUAAUUCUGGAUCCUAAACAUGACUGAUUGGCAAGCUGUCAUUAUUACAAGCUUUUAUUACAGUGUAGUCUGGCCUGACUGGACAGUUUGAGCUUUAAAAUUUACCUUAUAUAACAUUUUUAACACACUAGUCACACCAGCAGGACACCCUGAUGUCUUUUUGUGUAGUUUUUAGAUUUAACUUCAUGUUUUUUGGACAGUGUUGACGAAUUCAUCAGUAUGUAAUGAUACCAUGGGGAAUGCACUAGUAUAGCAUACCAAUUUGUGGUUUCCAGUCGCCAAUCCUUUAGUUUUAAGCUUAAAUUGGUGUUUAAUCUGGAUACUCACUGAGUUAGUUAUGAAAUCAUGUCUGCUGUUUAACAUCAUACAAACAUCAUACUGCGAAUUCACAGGUUGUACGCACAAUUUCAUAAACUACUCAAACGAGUCUAGUGAAAAUGAACAUACAAAUUACACUAUGAGGCCAAAAGUAUUUGUACACAUGACUAUUAGCUUGUUGGACAAAUGGUAUUAAAAUGGAGCCUCAACGAUUCUGGUGCUUCAUACAGUAUGUUCACAUCCAUUUAGCUCAUCUUCAUCAUUUAUAUGUGAUAUUCCUGCUCUAGUUGUAAUGGCUUGUAAAUUGCUUUGUGUUAUUAUUUUCACACAAAUCUGUUCUAAUCUACAGCUGCCUUUUGAUUAAUAAUGUCAUUUAAAUACAAAUACAGUACAAAGUUGUGUUUUGUGUGUAUUUAAACAUGCACAGUUAAUGAAUACCGUGUUCCUGUGAAAGUUUGAUUUCAUGUCAGGAUUUUCUUUUUAUAAAUACAGUGGACAAAA